CUUCACUGUCCUCUGAGAAGCUCUUCAGACGGUCAAUUAGCCGUGAAACCGGCGGGCCGCGGCAGCAGUGGUGGUCUGGCGGCUCGUGGGAGUAUCUCCGGCUCGCUGUUUGGCCGCCGCACCAUGCAGUCAAUCAGUAAUGAGCAAAAAGCCUCAAAGGUCCUGGGGGUGGUGUUUUUCCUCUUUGUGGUCAUGUGGUGCCCGUUUUUCAUCACUAACGUGCUGGUGGUCGUGUGUGACCCAGAGGUGUGUGACCCAGUGCUCAUGGGAGGGCUGCUGAACGUUUUUGUCUGGGUUGGGUAUCUGUCCUCCGCAGUCAAUCCGCUGGUCUACACUCUGUUCAACAAAACAUACCGAGCAGCAUUCCUGCGCUACGUCCGCUGCAGGUACCAGCCGGAGAAAAAGCCUCUACAGUUGAUCCUGGUGAACACAAUCCCACCGCUGGCGUACAACUCCAGCCAGUUGAUACGAAACGGAGUGCCGCACUCCAGUGGUGCUGCAAAAGACUCGUCUUCGUCCAGGCAGGAACCUGAGAGACACCAGCCGGGGGGGAUAGGCCAUAGAGGCAAAGACGAAAGUUGUGUGUGA